ACGAACACGGACAAUAUUGCGGUCAGUGACGUCAGUGUCAUAACAUAACAACAGCAACACGGACGAUACUGGACGGAUAAAGUCCCGACGGACGAUUAAUCAGAUUAUAACCUGUAGUUUAUAAAAACGCGGCUUUGUUUACAUUUAGCGGGGCUGUAUCAAUCUGAAAUUGACCAAACUAACUGGAACCAUGAACUGAAUAUAUUGUCGUAUUUUGAACCUCGUGACAAGCCAACAACUACAAAGGAUAAUCAUGUUCAGCUUCCUUGGACUCCGUAAAGACUCAAAGAAGUCAGCACCCGAGAAGGAAGCAGAUGGAGGCUUUGUUAUCAUUGGAGAGACGCUUGAAGAACAGAGGAGGAAGAUGCAGACCAUGAACCUCACACAACCGUCAACAAACGUCAUAGUGCUGCCAUCGAGGUCUUCCUGCCCAGCUCCAGCUCAGCCUGCUGACUCAAAGCACCCUGCAGCUUUACCUACCACAGCGCCCACAGCGGGGACCUCAUCAGCGGAGACUGCUUCAACCCUCCCAGAUCUCCUCGGGGACGUCCCCUUCACUUUGGCUCCCCACAUCCUGGCCAUGCAAACAGGGCUUCCCCUAAUUCCUGACGUGCUGCUAUCUCGGGACAUAAACUACAACCUGGCUAAUUUUCAGUACGACUUCACUUUAGAGAACUCCGUGCUUCAUAACGCCUAGUAUUUUAGAAUUUUAAUAUUAGGACGACCGGCAUCAGGAGUUCACAGCGUGGGUAGCGGAUGUUUGGUUAUGCAAAGGUUCCAGAGCUGAAGCAUUGCAGCGUUAUGAACAAGUAAAAGCUCACAGAAAUCAUUAAACAUAAAAUUAGAACUGCGAAGUAUAACAUUUCUGUUACUAACUCCUUAUCCUGCGCAAGGAAGCAUGGAAAUUUCCCUGGCUGUACAACUGAUGACUGCGAAACGUUCUAAUGUUAGAGUUUUGUAGAAACUGAUGGAGUUGUGGUUUGCUUAUUUCUUGUGUUAUUCUCAAUUUGAACGGGGUUAAGACACCUUCUGACUUUCAUUAAGAUCUGGUUAUGAUUGAUUAAGACAUCGUGACUGUCAAGUCCUUAGGCACACUUCAGAAGCAGUGAAAUAUGGUGUGUUAUAGUUGUUGUUGUGAUGUAGUCUAACUUUAAACAGGAUAAUUACAGUUUAUUACUAUUUGGGUUUCGUACAGUUAGGAUAACUUUGCAGUCAUUAAGGAAUUUGCUCAGAUCCGGGAACAUUGCUUGAAAAGCCAGAGGGGUAAAGCAAAAAUAAACACGCCUGAAAUGACUUAAAACUACUGUUAAUUAGGAUAGGUAAAAGUUGUGGUAGUUGGUUUACAACGUUUAUGAUUUACAAAGUGGGGUAAUAAUGUUACACGUCACCUUUGUUUUAUCUGCCAAAUGAGUUUGAAUAACCUGGUAUUUUAACCUUGUUUACAAUCGAUCUAAUCAUGUAAUUACUAGAAUAAUGCUACCCGCAACAAACCUGGCAGGUCAUUUUUGUUGUAUAGUGCUUCAGGCUUGGGUUGGGUUCAUGUGUGGUUAUAUUCAAAUGUAUUUUAAUAGAAAUUUCUAGCUCUAACUGCGCCAGUCUGCUGGGUCUGUGUGUGUCAUUUGUUGCAAGUCGACACACAAAACCCAGAGCAGAAUAGCAGAAAAAAACAGUUAGCUGUAGCCAAUGAAUUACCUUAAUCAUAAUGAUCAAACUGAUGAUAAAGCAUAGAUUCGGCUUCAGGGAUCAGGUAAAGUUUGAGUUGUCAAAUUUGGCAGUGCCAGUCAGGUGCAGUAGGGUGUUGUCUUGAAGAUCUGCGUACGAACCAGGUUCACGGCUCAGUUUUAGGUCUACUGACUGCUUGUGUGUCUUGCCCCAUAAGACUUUUUAGUGAUGCAUCCUUUUUGCCAAAUUUCAGUAAUCAACUCGGAGAAAACGAUCAUUUUAUUACAGAUAUGAUUGGUUGCCAAAACUACAAAAAUAAAGCCCAGGUUGUACUAAAUUAGAAUUAUCUUUGAAGUGAAAGCUUAUAUUUUAGAACAUAGGCUUCAGGUCAUUUGAAAAUGUGGCACCUAGAUGAUGAAGCAAUAUUUUUUAUCAAAGCUUAGUACUUCGACAACAAAUAGCCUACCUCCCACUAAGUUAAACCCAAGUGUUCAAUAGAAACACUGGAUGGAGGAAAGCACUAAUUCAUGGCAGAUCGGGGAAGCAUCUGCGAAGGAUUCUUAACAAUAAAGUGAAAAUGUUAAGUAAGGCUAUUUUUUACUAAUUACAGCUCUUGUAUGAUAAUUUAAUAUAAUGAGAUUUAUACAUUUGACAUUAUAUGUAGCACCUUCUGCCACAAUUAAGGUUUUGAGUCUUGAUGACAGGAUGUUGACGAUUGAUAUCCCCCACCAAUUGUCACCAUUUCUGACUUUUCAUCCCUGGAUGCUGCCUUCCUUUUGAUCCAGCAUACUCUUCUGCCAGCAUUAGUUUGCUGUAUUGUUUAUUCUGUUUGCGUUUACAUUAGUAUUUGCUUUCUUGUGGUACUCCACAUGAGGUGAAGUCACUUGCUAUGGUUUGUGUUUUAAGUGGUUGGGAUUCUCCAUACACAAACUGCUUUGGUUAGAAGUCAUCAAAGAGGUUGGUUUUCUGCUAUGAUGUACUGUAAUUCUCAAAUAGAGUAGCUUUUAUUGACCUCUACUGAAAAUUUCAGCAUUUCCUCCAUAUUUACCUGAUAUCUUAAUAAAUUCAUAAUAAUGUACGAUACCACCGACAGCAGUAUACCCACCAGUAACAUAAUAGUCAUGUCAUACUCACCUCCUUGCUGCUUUUGAGAUUCUGUUCCUUUUACUUUGUCCCCUUUUUUAAAUUGCAUUACUGUCAAUAAAAUGACCAUUUCCUCUUCUGUCAUUUCACAUUUAAAGUCUUCCAGGCUUCUCAUUCCUGGCAGGCUUUAAAUGUGAAAAAUCCAUGUUUUGAAUUUUACUGACAGCUGUUUAAAUUUGAAUGGUUCCUUGUUUGACCCUCUCAAAAUUAAUCUUGAAAAUCCCUCUACUGUUCUUUCUUACCGUUAUGUUACAGUAAUACAACCUUCACUUUUAAUCCAGUUACAAUCUCAGAAGUGCAGAAAGCCCUCAAAUUUAGACACUAGACAAUUGGCAAGUCCUGAUGAUUUACUUUUGAUACGUCUUGCCACUCUGUUGUUCAGGUUUUUCCUUUGAUUUUUUCUCCUUUCUUUACAUGAUGCUGAAUUAGCAAGAGGAUUUAUAGUGAAGGUAAUUAUAGUUCCUCUUUCUUUAUUUUUACCGAGCACACAGCCUGCUUUUGUUCUUGCUGGAUUUUAUUUGUGUCAUGCUCAUUGUUUUAUUUUAUUUUAUUUUUAUUUUUUUGAAUUUGAGAAUUCUGGAUACUUACAUGAACCAAGUUACAAUCUCUUGUGAUGUAUUGCUGGUAUGCAUUGUAAAAAUGUAGGGGAUUUUACAUUAGCAAUUAUUCAUUUGUAGUUCUUGAUUAGAUUGAUGCGUGCAACCUGGGUUGAAUUUUGUACUCAACAGAUCACAUGGAGUUUUCUCAGUUGAUGUAUUUACAUUACCCGUGUGAUUUUUUUUUUUUAUCGAGUUAUUUUGUAAAUAUGAGCUCUUAAAACUAGCAUAGAAUUUUUGCUAAGAUGAGGAAAUGUGUUUGUAUAGUCAUACUUUUACCCAGGAAUUUACCAAAUACCUUUUGAUUGUUUGUACAUCUCUUCAAAACUAAUGUGCCUUCAAUACAGUCAAUAUACCUUUCAGUUUGUCUCUUAGAAGUAAGCAUUUAGCCAUCUGUUAAUUCCCACUAAAAUCUUCCUCUUUAACAAUCUUAUUCCCUGAGUUAAAGUCUGUAUCUAUUGGUGCUUGAAAUUUUUUCAGUUGGUUGUAACUGUGGACAGCAAUUUUCUUUACAAAUAAAAUUGAAGAGUAUUGUCAAACUUC